AUUCAGAGAGAAAAUGAGGAAAGCUCCGCUUGAAGAUCUAAGGAAUUUCCGGCACUAGAACCUUUGCAUACAGUUUUCGGUAACUUGCAGCAGGGGGCGCUCGGAAAUUGUCGUCACUUUCCGGCGAGCCUCCCAAGACUUUACCCUCUAGAAAAUUGUACAGUGUUUCCGGCUUUUCUCAGUUGUAGACGCUCGUAAGUUUCCGGCAGUUUCCGGGGAGACUCGGGGACUCUGCGUCUCUCUCGCUCCGCUCCGAGUGCCCGGUGCGGCGGGGCAGGGUCUUGGGCUAGUCAUGGCGUCCCCGUCUCGGAGACUACAGACCAAACCAGUCAUUACUUGUUUCAAGAGCGUCCUCUUGAUCUACACUUUAAUCAUCUGGAUCACUGGUGUUAUCCUUCUUGCCGUUGGUAUUUGGGGCAAGGUGAGCCUGGAGAAUUAUUUUUCCCUUUUGAAUGAGAAGGCCACCAAUGUACCCUUUGUGCUCAUUGGUACUGGUACUGUCAUUGUUCUCUUGGGCACCUUUGGCUGUUUUGCUACCUGCCGAGGAGCUGCAUGGAUGCUAAAACUGUAUGCUAUGUUUCUGACUCUCAUUUUUUUGGUUGAAAUGGUCGCUGCCAUCGUAGGAUUUGUUUUCAGACAUGAGAUUAAAAACAGUUUUAAGAAUAAUUAUGAGAAAAUUUUAAAGCAGUAUAACUCUGCGGGAGAUUAUAGAAGCGAUGCAGUAGACAAGAUUCAAAAUAAGUUGCAUUGUUGUGGUGUCACCGACUAUAAAGAUUGGAAGGAUACUAAUUAUUACUCAGAAAAAGGAUUUCCCAAGAGUUGCUGCAAACUUGACAAUUGUUCUCCAGAGAGAGAUGCAGAUAAAGUAAACAAUGAAGGUUGUUUUAUAAGGGUGAUGACCAUUAUAGAGUCGGAAAUGGAAGUAGUUGCCGGAAUUUCUUUUGGAGUUGCUUGCUUCCAGCUGAUUGGAAUCUUUCUAGCCUACUGCCUCUCUCGCGCCAUAACAAAUAACCAGUAUGAGAUAGUGUAAACAGCAAACCACGGGCCUAUUCCUCUUGAACCUUAAGGACAUUUACAUUCCCCCCUGUGAGCUAUGAAAUUGCCUGGAUGGAAGACUACCUACUACUGCUUACAAUAGACCGAAAACUUACAUCAAUAGUCUGAUUCAAUCAAGACGUGUUCAGUUUAAGUCCACCUUUUGUCCCAUUGAUGUUAGAUCCUUGAAACCCCUGUACCACUGUGAAACACUGGAAGAGCUAGUAAAUUGUAAAUCAUGCAAUAC